CUCGGCCCGCACGCUGACCCGCAUCCUGCGAUGGACGACUCGACCCUGCAAGCCAUAGAGAGGGCCUGUGGCCUUCUCUAUGCGACCCAGUCCCCGGAUGAUCGGUUCCAGGCCGAAUCCACCCUUGCCUACCACUUCCCCACCUUCGCCGACUACACCUUCACCACCGUCCCCAACGCAUCCCCGACCACGCCGACGUCGCCUGCCGAUGUCGUCGUCCGUUGCCAGAUCCUGCUGGAGCGCUCGUCCUUCCCGUACGCGCAGCUCUUUGCUGCCAACCACCUCAAAUCUCUUAUCCUCUCCCAGUUUACCUAUUUUUCGAAUGCACAAAAGCUAGAGCUGAACAGCUUUGUGCUCAACUACCUCAGCCGACGGAGUGGAUUGGAAAAUAUCAUCUCGACCCAGCUCAUCCAGCUGUACUCGAUCGUCUGCAAGAUGGGGUGGUUCGACUCGGAUGACUUUCAGAAUGUGAUGAACGACGUCUCUCCUUUCCUUCAGUCCACGGUGGAGCACCAGAUCAUCGGCGUCCAGAUCCUCGGAAACCUCGUCCAGGAAAUGAAUUCGUCUUCGAACAGCACAAAAAACUUGUCAAAGCACCGCAAAACCGCUGUGAAUUUCAGAGACAAUCAACUACUACCGAUCUUUAAGAUCUCCAUCACAAUGUUGAGUCAGCUUUUGAUGACUCAGCCCUCCUCCCCAAAAGAUCAGGUCGGACAGCUCAAGCUUCGGGAAGCCACCCUUGUGCUGAUGAAGAGCUGCUUGACAUUUGAUUUCAUCGGAACCAAUCCCGAUGAGUCGUCCGAAGACGUGGGAAGCAAUCAGAUUCCCAACGCCUGGAAAGGAACCAUUUCGGAUCCCAGCUUCCUACAGUCGCUGUUCGGGGCCUACAAAUCGUUCCCGCCACCACUUUCCAGCCAGGUCAUGGAGUGUUUGGCGAUCGUCAUGUCCACACGUCGCUCACUCUUCAGCGAUGACGAAAAAGCCAACUUCCUGACCUGGUCCAUGCAAGUCACGCACGACAUUCUGCACUACUUUAUCAAGCUGAACGAUCCCGGAAACUACCAUGAGUUUUGUCGGCUGCUUGUGCGGCUCAAGACGGUCAACCAGCUCGGCGAAAUCAUUGAAAAGCCCAACUACAAUGAGUGGAUCGACAAAAUUGCCAGCUUUACCAUCAAAAGCUUCCACAGCAUGACGUCUGAAAACUGCCAGAGCAUCCAGUAUCUCCUGACCUUCUGGUCCAAGAUGGCUGGAUCGGUCACUACGACAAGCCGCGCCAAGCUCGCUCAGUAUGAACGCCUUGAGCAGAUCGCUUCACAGCUCGUUCAGGCCUUUAUCAACUCACGAAUGAGCGACUUAGACGCCAACAACGACGAGGACGAAGUCUUCGAUGCCGAUGGGUCGCUUCUGAAUACUCUCGAGUCCCUCGCAGUGAUUGUGCGGCUGAAAUACGACUCCAUCAGUGCAUAUAUCAAAUCGGUCUUUGACUCGCUUGCGGGCCAAUACGAGGACAUACUGAAGCGGCCCGCUGAGGCCUCAGCCCCCGCUCGACUCUUGAUUGAAGCCAAGUUUACGUGGUGUGUCUACCUGAUCGGUGCCAGUGUCGGCGAGAGAACGCCAUAUCAAACUACAGACGAGCAAGAUGUCAUUGACGGUGAUCUCACAAGCAAGGUCCUUCAGCUAUUGAACGUCAAUCAUACGUUCAUUAUGCAGAACGGCCAGUCCUAUGCAAAUGAAAAGUUGAUCAUCGCCUUCCUGUUCUUUUUCCAACAAUUCCGCAAAAGCUACAUUGGCGAUCAAGCGUCGCGGGCAACCAAGGUCUAUGUGGCUUUGUCUGAAGUUUUGGGCAUCAACGACCAGUAUAUGGUCCUGAACAUCAUUGUGCAGACACUCGGCAAUAACCUCAAGUAUUGCUGGUCGAACGAAACCAUUAUAUCACAGUCGCUGCAGCUUUUCAACGACUUGGUUACGGGCUAUAUGUCGGUGAAGCAGAUGCGUCGAUCGGAGAUGGCCCAGUUCAUCUUGAAUCACCACACGUCCGAGUACUUUCCAUUCCUGGAUGUUCAGAGUAACUUCAAGCACCGGGCUUUGUACUACACCGCACUCUGCAAGCUCCUCAACGGAGGCGAAGAGCAAUCCGACUUGGAGUUUUUGAACUUUAUGCGACCAUUCACGCUGAAGCUGGAGGAGCUCUGUCAGAUCACCGACAUCCAGACGCUCCGGCAGCCAAACGUUGGGGCUGCACUCGAAGGCAUCUUCCGGGACUUGCGAGGAUUCCUGGCUGCUUCCUUGGUCAAAAAACAAUAUGCGCUGUUCUUCGAGUGGUUCCUGCCGUAUAUUGGCAUUGUUGGCAUGGGACUCAAAGCCCAUUUCAACAACCGCGUUGGAAAUGCACUACUAAAGUUUGUCAACGAGCUUGUUCAAAACCGCGCGCAGCGGCUGAACUUUGAUAUCACCUCGGCAGACGGCAUCCUCUUGUUCCGCGAGACAAGCAAGAUCUUGCAUGUUUACUCUCAGCUUUUGAAGAACGCCCCCGCUGUCUCUGGAAACCAGCUGUGGUCUGAUCGAUACAAGGGCAUCACAACCUGCCUGAACAUCCUGCGGUGGUCGCUCGCGGGGCAAUACGUCAACUUUGGUGUAUUUGCACUCUACAACGACCAAGCACUCGUUGUGGCCCUCAAUGUAGUCUCUGAGAUGGUGCUGCAGAUCCCCAUGAAGGAUAUCAUGGCAUACAGCAAGCUGUGUUCGGCCUACUUCAGCUUCAUCGACGUCUUCAGCUCCAAGCAAAUGAUGGAGAUAUCCGAUCUCGACCCCAACUUUCUGCUCUAUAUCCUGCGGUCGUGCGGAGAGGGUCUCCGAUCGGUUGAAACGCUGAUUUCGACGCUGUCAUGCAACACAAUCGACUAUAUUGUAACGUUCCUAUUCAAGCAGAGCCAACUCGAGAAGCGCCGGGUUCAUUACCUCAUCAGACGAUUCCAGGAGAUGCCCCAGAUCAUCCCGUUCUUGCUCUCGCGACUGAUGGAAGUGAUCUUGACGGAUGACCCCCAGAACCAGUGGAGCCUAUCGCGACCUCUGCUUGUUCUUGCGCUGCUCAGCCCCGAGUACUUUGAGUACUACACGCAGACCCUUGUGCACUUCCAAGUUCCAGAACGACAAGAGUUCCUCCGCAAGUGCUUUGCCUCGCUCAUGGACGGGAUCGAGCAGAGCGUCGCCUCCAAGAAUCGCGAAAAGUUCACCCAGCAGCUUCUGCGCUUCCGCCGCGAGCUGAACUCGGAGCAAGUCAUUGUCCUGGUUCCCAAGGAGCUCCAGAUGAACCCCGACAGCUGAAGCAGCGCGGCCCCCCGGCCGGCCGGCUGGGUUGGGUUGGCUGCCAGCCCGCAACGCCCUGCGAUCUCCUCCGCCAAGCUGGCUCGCAGCGACCUCGUCGCUAUUUCGUUGUGUGCGUUCCAAGCACGGCUGCAUCCGAUCGUGGGAAAGGCGCAUUGGCAGCCGCAGCGGUCCCGACCCUGAGGUCCCUGGAGCGAACCCGGCGCUCUUUUCUCUCACCAGCUAGCUGAAUGUAACAAACCACCACUGUCCAUGUUGC